AUGUAUGCACGCUCAAGGCAAGCAUUUGUGGCAGUGUUCGUGCGCGGCUCGUGGACUUGGGCUUGGAUUAUGGUCGUCUUUAGUUGUGUUCAGAUAUAAGCGAUGUCUGUGUCUGUGCUGUGCGUGUUCGUGACGGCUGUGUUCGCGCUACAGCAAGCCGAGUGUCUCAAAAGGACGUAUUAUAUAGCUAUAAGAGAGGUAAACUGGGAUUACGCGCCGAGCGGCAGAAACCUUAUCACUAACCGAAGCAUUGAGCAAGAUGAACAUGCAUCGUUGUUUCUGUCAAAAGGCAAGACCCGGAUAGGGAGUCUUUACAAGAAAGCUUUGUACAGACAGUACACAGAUGGCUCUUAUUCCGAGGAAAUAGCUAAACCUGCCUGGCUUGGCUUCCUUGGUCCCAUUAUAAGAGCUGAGGUCGGAGAUGUCAUAGAAGUGCACUUGAAGAACUUUGCAAACAGGACUUAUUCUCUCCACCCUCACGGAGUCUUCUAUGACAAGAAUUCAGAAGGAGCGUUGUAUCCGGAUGGCACGACUGGUGGUGAUAAGAGAGAUGAUGAAGUGGCUCCAGGUGAGAGCUACACAUACACCUGGCAGGUCAAACCAGAGUACGCUCCUACUGAAGCAGAUGCUCCCUGUCUCACCUGGAUUUACCAUUCACAUGUUGAUUCACCAAAAGACAUUGCAUCAGGGCUGAUAGGACCACUGCUCAUCUGCAAACAAGGCUCUUUGGACAAGCGCUCUGAUGUGGAGAAAGAUUUCAUUUUGAUGUUCAGUGUGGUGGAUGAGAACUUGAGCUGGUACUUGGAGGACAAUAUAGAUACAUGCUCUGAUUCAGUUUCAACAAAAAAACUUGAGGACGAUUUAGACGAGGACUUCAGACAGUCCAACCUCAUGCACUCAAUCAAUGGCUAUGUUUAUGGUAAUUUGCCUGAGCUGAAAGUGUGUGUCGGACGUCCCGUGUCUUGGCAUCUCUUCAGCAUUGGCAAUGAGGUGGACAUUCAUUCAGCUUAUUUCCAUGGACACACCGUCCUGGAUCGCAUGCACCGCACAGACGUGCUUAGUCUGUUUCCAGGCACUUUUGUCACCGCAACAAUGAUCCCCAGAACAGAAGGAAAAUGGUUGUUAAGCUGCCAAGUCAACGAACAUGUACAAGCAGGUAUGCAGAGUUUCUAUGAAGUCUCGGCCUGUGGCUCCUCAGUCUCUCCAACAGAGGGCCCUGGCCAAGAGAGACAUUUCUACAUCGCUGCUGAGGAGAUGGAGUGGGACUACGCCCCUUCAGGGAUGAACUAUAUGACAAAUAAAUCACUCACUGAAAAAGAGAGUGACUCUCAAUCGUAUUUCAGUCGUGAUGGUGGUAAGCUGGGUGGAAAAUACCUAAAGGCCAGAUACAUUUCAUACACUGACAGCACAUUUACUACCAAAACACAUAUUGCUGGCUCGGAUGAGCAUCUUGGAAUUCUGGGUCCUGUGAUCAGAGCAGAGGCUGGUGAUAUCAUCAUAGUGACGUUUCUUAACAAAGCUAAACGUGACUACAGCAUUCAGCCACACGGUCUGCAUUAUGAGAAGAUCUAUGAAGGAGCAAUGUAUAAGGAUGGUACUCAGAAAGCUGGAGCCUCUGUGGCUCCUGGUAAAAAGUUCACCUACCGUUGGAAAGUAUUGGAAGGUCCCUCCAGCAGUGAUCCUUCUUGUCUUUCAUACCUCUACUAUUCUGCUGUUGAUCCUGUUCGGGACACUAACUCUGGUUUAUUUGGGCCCAUACAAGUAUGCAAGAAAGGUGCUCUUGAUGGAAGUGGCCAUCAGUAUGCCAACAAAAUUCAGCAUGAGUUUUUUCUCCUGUUCUCUGUGAUGGAUGAGAAUGAAAGCUGGUAUCUGCAAGACAACAUUAAAAAGUUCGGCAGUGGUGAUUCAAAUCCAAAUAAUAUAGAGUUUCAGGAAAGCAAUAAGAUGCACGCGGUGAAUGGCUUCAUGUAUGGAAACCUGCCUGCUCUGGAGUUGUGUAACGGAGAACAUGUUAUGUGGCACAUACUUGGCUUGGGCUCUGAGGUGGAUAUCCAUGGGGUGUAUUUCGAGGGUAACACUUUUCAACGAGACGGGAUGAACCGUGACACUCUCAAUGUCUUCCCGCAUACAGCAGUGACUGUUUAUAUGACACCUGACAAUAAUGGCCAGUUUGAGCUGAGCUGUCUUACGGGUGAACACUACCAAGCUGGCAUGCGUCAACAUUAUGAAGUCAAGUCCUGUUCAGCAGUGACUCCUGCAGCAGAAGAUUUCCCCUCCACAGUGCAGUACUUCAUAGCAGCAGAGGAGGUCGAGUGGAAUUAUGCUCCAGACCGCACAUGGGAACUGGAGAAACACAAAACUACAAUGAGGCACAGCCCUGGAGAAAUCUAUCUUGAACAUUCAGGAAAUAGGAUUGGUGCAAAAUAUAAGAAGGUGGUGUUUCGGGAAUAUUUAGAUAAAACAUUCACUGAAAAGAAACCCAGACGUCCAGAUGAGGAGCACUUGGAAAUAAUGGGACCCAUCAUUCGAGCUGAGGUUGGUGAGAGGAUUCAAGUUGUGUUUAAAAACAAAGCCAGCAGGCCAUAUUCUGUUCAUGCCCAUGGAGUGAAGACCAGUAAAACCCAUCAGAACGGUGUUCAGCCAGGUGACACGAUGACAUACAGCUGGACCAUUCCAAAGCGAUCCGGUCCAGGUCCCAGUGAUCCUAACUGUAUAACGUAUGCCUACUACUCAUCUGUCAGCGUGGUUGAGGACUUGAUGAGCGGUUUGGUGGGUCCACUGAUAGUGUGCCGGAAAGGCACCCUGAACACUGACAGACGUAGGACAGACAUCGAUAAAGAGUUUGCCCUACUUUUCAUGAUUUUCAGUGAAAAUGAGUCCCACUACCUGGAUGAAAACAUAAAAACCUACCUCAACAAAGACCCUGAACAUUUUCCAGAAAAAUAUGAUGGGGACUUUAUGGAGAGCAACAAAAUGCAUGGUAUUAAUGGAAAGAUGUAUGCUAACCUCCAUGGGUUGAAUAUGACAGAGAAAGACAGGAUCGAGUGGUAUAUGAUAGGACUGGGGAAUGAAGUCGACAUGCACACUGUGCAUUUCCAUGCUCAGAGCUUCAUUUACAAAACGGAUCGUCCUCAUCGUGCUGAUGUAUUCGACCUGUUCCCAGGAACAUUUCAGACCAUAGAGAUGACUGCAGAAAGUCCUGGACAGUGGCUGCUCCACUGCCAUGUGUCCGACCACAUCCAUGCGGGGAUGGAGACGCUUUUCACUGUUCAUCCUAGAGGUAGAGCUGGGGGAAAUCCAGACAGAGCCUUCAGUCAUUUUCUGUCUACUCCGAUGUUGUGUCUCCUUGGAGUGGUCCUGUCACACUUCAUAGCACACUGAAACAAGAUCGAAGUGACCAUGGGUCAAUAGAGCUGAUAAUUACUGCUGUGACACUGAUUCUCACUACUUAGUGACCUCAUCUAGUAUAUUCACUGUUCUGCUGUUGAGGGAUACAUAAUAUAAAUAUUAGUCAGUCCAUUUUGAUUUAACAUGCAUGUAAUGAUCAAUGAGUCAAUAGAAUCGCAGCCUGAAGAACAAUGUACUUUACUCCCCAACACUGCAUGUUUAUCUGACUGGAAGCACUGAAGAGAGCAAUGAAAGACUACAUAUUAUUUUUUCUUUAUCUUUUGCUGAAAUGUAAGCAUGACACAAUGCACCAUAAACACAAUGCAUCAGCUGUACUUAAAGUAGAAUUAUACUGUGUCACAUACUUUUAAUUCCCAUGAAUGCAUUAACACUAGUGAUGACACAGCUGCAUCUGUUUAGUAGCAACAGUGUACGAGUAAGUUAAUUAAUGAGUGUGUGUGUGUUACUUUCUUACUCGGUAUGUGUUUUGUAUGUAUGGUUACACAGAUGAACUGGUUUGUAAUUGUUCAGGUUUUUUAAUUUAUUUUUGUUGUUUUGUUUUUGUGUGUGUGAUUGAAGAUUGCUGUGUGACAUUUCUAUUUCUGAUGUGGACUGUUUGUAAUCUAAGUGGAUGACUGUUUUUCUGAUGAACGUUGGCUGAUGUACUGCUACUGAAUUCCAAAUUAUAAAUUGGAAAUGUGGAAAUGUGUUUGGGCAUUCAGUGAAUAUACAUGUGUGUGUGAUAACUUCAUGAUAGUGUGUUGUGUUAGUGUAAGUGAAGUAUUAUUUAAACCCUACAGCAUCUCCUAAUCCUGACCAUUGCACACAGUCGUUCAAGCACAGGCCAAAGCUGUUUCUCCCACAGCUGGCCUUCAGUGUGUAAGAAGAAUCAGUUAAGCAGAAGUGAAAGAAUGAUCGGGAAUUGAAAGUAAUUGGGAACAGGAAAGAGGGAACUGUAUUGAUUGAUGCUGGGAUGUUGUGCUUGAAAUAAAACAUUAAAAUGGUAGAUAAACACCAA